CGUCGAUCAGGCAAUUCUUGUCCAGAAUACAUACCGUUCAAGAAACUAGUCUGUUCAUGUUAUAGAAGCCAUGACUGUCAACUUGCUUAAGCUACCACAAGAACUUCUGGAGACGAUCGUGGAAUGGGCCGAUUACGAGGAUGAGGACCAGCUCUAUCCGAGCGAAACCCUUGCGAGCAUACGAGGCACCUGCAAGAUCCUAGAACGCGCUUCUCACAGACGCUUUCUGCGUUACUUUGACGAAAAAUUUGUCGAUCCCGAGGAUGAAGGUGACAUGCUGAUCUUGAAGGCUAUAUCCACAAGUCCCGUUUAUGCGGCCGCCGUCAAGAUGAUCAAUUUCAUCUACAAAGGCAACAACAUAAACCUUCUUAAAACACCACCCGCGCUUCACGAGAUCUUCACGAAUUUUGUCUCCAUCAAUCACAAGCUCAGCAUUGCAUUCGAUCCUUUCGGAAAUAUCGAGAUGAGCGAGAAGAUCUUCACGAGACAUGUCACGGAGUUCAUGGACAGGAUUCUGGUCGUGGCUGCAGUGUCCAAGUUGGAUAUCAGUAGCAUCCUGGUACAAGCGAGGCCUAGAGACUGGGAUAUAAGUUACGAAUCGCUUCACGACCCUCGCACGUUCGUCAAUGAUACUCAUCCAGAGUUUCCUUGGAUCGCCUAUGAUGAGAUAUUCGUAAACCUCCACAACAUGCUGAAACGAAACGAAGGCGGAGAUCUUAGUUCAGCCAUCGCCCCAGAACUGAUUGCCAGUUACCCGACAAUUGGAGAACUUUCCUUCAACUAUCUCGAAAGCAGCCUGAAAAUGACCGGUAUGGACACAUAUCACUGGAACGAACUGAUAAACUGGAUAAAUCUACUCUCUCCCGAAAAGAUCGAAAUCUUCGAAUGCGGUUUCGACCCUCAUGACUUGCGACAGAUUCUCGAGCGUACGCAACAAGAGAAUCGUCCUUUACGCUCGUUAUCCAUCUCGACAUCCGAGUUGUUCCAAGGACGGACCUUUGAUAAUGCAACGCCAUCUCAUAUCCAUUGUCUUCUCCACUCUCUCAACACUUUCGCACGGGAACUUGAGUACUGUCAUCUCGAAAGCAUAUAUGGUGCCAGGACAACUUUGGAAUCUCCGGCUUUUGAUGAUACCAGUCAAUCCAGGAUCGAAUUCACGGGCAAAAACAAGAUUCGUUCGCUCUUGACUCAAUUGGGUGCUGUGUUUCCGGGGGAGGACGAAUGGGAGGAUGAAAACGAAGAUGAAGAUGAUGAGGAUGAAGAUGACGAUGACGAGGGGGAUGAAGGAACACAUGCUCAGGGACAGUCUAGGCAGUACGAUCUAGGCCCCCUCUUCGAAGCGCUCAUGGCAGGUGGUCGAAACAUCACCUUUAUGGACCUGUAAUGCUGCUUUAUAAAUUCUUGCGUCUGGAUGUUGUCGCGUUCGGCAGGCACAAUAAACAGUCAUGUACGGG